GUUAUAUUAAUUCAUUCGUUUGAAUGGUGAAGAUGUAAAUGACUUUAAGAGAAUUCACGUCGGGUAGAAAAGUUUAAAAUCUCUUCAGUGUUAUUUACUGUUCAAUUCACUCUUUGUGAAAAUAGACACCAAAUAGAAACGCAAAGUGAGAAAAAUAGUGCCCAAAAAAUUGUGUUACGUUCAAGUGCAAACAUCGUGCUAUAUUAUUUUUUUUUUUUUGAACUAUUUUCACAAAAUCUUUCGCGACACUCUCCUUGCACAGUGGUCAGUUUCUUUUUUUUUCGGUGAUUUUCUUCAGUUUCCGUUUGCGUGUGCUUGCAAGAAAAAGUGCCACUGGCUGAGGAUUAAUAAAAAAAAAAUCAUGAAUCAAACAAUUAAAACUCUUGUGCUCUUCAGCGCUCUGCUGGUCACACUUGUCCACUCAACCACACUCAAGUCACCCAAAGUCUACAAUGCACUCAUCACCACAGACCAGAAUCUUAUUCCCAGCAGAGCUUAUCCUGUCGUACAACCCACAAUUCACGAUGCUGGCUUUGGCUAUUCCACGUUUGGUCUAGCUCACCAUCAAAAUGCCUUUGGUCUCUACGACCCCUAUGCCGGUCCAUACCAUCACCAUGGAGGUUUUAUUCCCGGUCCUGUGCCUGGAUUCCAAGCCAGAAAUCAAUUUUCCUUCUUUAGCCAUCAGCAGGAGAAAUCUGCUGCAGGAGGAGCAGCCGUUGCAUCCGCUGCUGCUGCUGAAGAAUCAGCUGGAUCUUCUAGUAGUGGAGUAACCAGCGAUCAAUCCAUCAUUAGUGGAAAUGAUGCUCAACUCGAUGCUGGUUCUGUUGCAAAUACCAACUUACUGAAGGAAAAUUCACCAAUCCCACUCAAUGAAUAUGGUCUUCCACCCAAUUUGAUCCCAUUGUCUACACCCCAGGACUUUAACCGACAAGCUACCAAUCCUAUCAAUCUCCAACCUUAUCCCUACAACUCCUACCCUCUGAUCUAUGACUCCUUCGGCGGUGGAUACAAUGUAAACCCAUACCUACCACCAUUCAGUUACUAUCCAUCUGUAUUUGGCGGACCAGGAGCUGCUGGUGCAGCUGGACCGGGAGCAGUUGGUCCUGCAGGACCUGGACCGUUGUCUGGAUCUGGAGUUGGUGCCGUAGAUGGAAAUGAUGGAAAUGCAGGAGUAGCUGAUGGUGAUGAUGGUGCUGCUGGAGCAGCAGAUGGAGACAUCGAUGCCAACCAAGGAGGAGAUAUCGAAGUGGGAGCUGGUGGUGAUGGAGGUUCUUCAGGUGGAUCAGCCAGUUCAUCUGGCGACAGCGAUGGAGGAAUUAUUGCGAGUGAGAAACAGACAACAGACGGAGGUGCAGGAUCCGCAAGUUCAUCGACUGCUAGUGGCAUUUCUGGUGGAUCAGAUGGCAACUCCGGAAGUUCAAGUACAUCAGGUGGCUCAACAAGUUCCAGUGGCUCUUCAUCAUCAAGUAGCGGAUAUCGUGGUAGUUCCCGGCGAACUGGCUUCCGAGGCAGCAACAUUCGUUCCGCCUUAAAAGCCGCCAAUCCCGAGAAUCCCUCUCAAUGAUUAUUAACACCAAUCCUUACCCGCUAAAUGUCCCCCAAGCCCAGCAAUCUUCUUAACUUAUUAAUUAUGUAUUCCCUGUACUCCCCAACUGAAAAUCAGUUUUUUUUGUAGGUGCUACAAUUUUCCCCAUUUUAUUUGUGUACAAGAAAAGCUAAAAUAAAGAAAUGUAAGAAA